AACACACUGUUUCGCUGUAUAACAAACGGAACAAUGAACAGAAAACAAGUGGUAAAGGUACAAGAGAAGGAUAAGCAGAAGGAGAGGGGUACUACCAUAGGAAGGGAUACGAAGAAGUAGGUGGGAAAAAUAAAACCAGCGGCUCUAUGGGGCUGUCAAAAGACGGACUGUUUUACUCGCGGAAAGUCGACGGAGCAGAAAAGAGGAUCGAUAGAUCUGCGCGCGCGAGGAGAAAGUUAUUACAUAUAUACCAAUUGGUAUUUCACGUCCGCCUGAUUGCCUGCUUAUUUACCUCAGCACUUGCCAGUGUACCGACUUGGCUGCCUGCCCGUCUGCCUACCUGCCUGCCCGCCCGCCGAGCUGAGCUUCGGAUUUCUUUUGUCGAUCAUUUCUCGACAGCGAAUAAGGUGCAAGUCCGGAGAAGAGAUGGUGGAAGUGUUCAUGGAUCGUAUCGACGACCAGGAGAUGGCCGUUAUCGAGUCGAAAUGCAAAUCGGAAACACCCAUGGAAUCCUCGCUGAUGGAAUGCUCGCCGACGGAGGAUUUGUUGCCGGUCAAUGAAAAACUCUCGCCGAUUCAGGAGUUCUAUCAUGGCCAGAGUAUUUUUAUCACCGGCGGCACCGGCUUUAUGGGCAAGCUACUGAUUGAGAAACUUCUCAGAACAUGUUCUGGUUUGGCAUCUAUCUACUUGUUAGUGCGCCCCAAGAAAGGCAAGGAUGUGCAUCAACGCACCGAGGAAAUCUUUGAUGAUGUGUUAUUUGAAAGACUUAAGGAUGAGCAGCCGAAAUUCCGGCAUCAGAUCGUUGCUAUAGCGGGUGACUGUAGCCAGCCAAAUCUGGGAAUAUCUUCACAAGAUCGGGCCACUCUAAUUCGAGAAGUGUCGAUUGUCUUUCACAUUGCGGCUACAGUCAGAUUCGAUGAGAAGUUGAAGCUAGCAGUACCAAUUAAUGUCAGAAGUACAAGAGACGUUUUGAAUCUCUGUAAAGAGAUCCCCAAUCUGAAGUCAUUUGUGCAUGUAUCGACCGCGUAUGCAAAUUGUCCGCAAAGCACGAUCGAAGAAAAGUUUUACGACGCGCCAAUGGAUUCCGACAAAUUAAUCGCGCUGAUAGAGUGCGUGGAGGAUAAAUUGGCCGAGGAUAUAACACCGCAAUUAUUAGGAAAGUGGCCAAACACCUAUACCUUUACAAAAGCGGUUGCGGAGAAUGUGAUUAGGAAACAGGCUGGCGACAUGCCGAUCGGCAUUUUCCGUCCUGCCAUUGUAAUUUCAACGUAUCAGGAACCUAUACGAGGCUGGAUCGAUAAUUUAUACGGUCCAACGGGAGUUGCUGCUGGUGCUGGAACCGGAUUACUGCGAUCGAUUCAUUGCGAUGGCUCGGUAUCCGCAAACGUGGUCCCUGCCGAUUUGACAAUUAACGCUCUUAUUGCGUGUGCAUGGGACAUAUCGAACAUAAGGUUGAACAACAACUCGCACAGCGACAUUCCAAUUUAUAAUUACGUGUCUAGGGACAAUCCCAUAACGUACAAUGAUCUGAAGGAACUAUCAGAAAAGUACGGUUUCGAUUUUCCCUCUAACAAAGCAAUUUGGUACUACAGCUUUAGAAACACAAAGCAUAGAUUAAUCCAUCUUUUUUUCGUAUACUUCUGCCACUUGUUCCCAGCUUUACUGGUCGACACCGCGACUGUCUGCAUGGGAAAGCAGCCGAGAUUGCUUAAGGUUUACAAAAAGAUACACAAAUUCAUGGACGUGUUAAACUACUUUUCCACGCAAGAAUGGAUAUUUACUAAUGAUCGACUACACGCAAUGAUAACGAAGUUCACGUCCUACGAUCGUAAAAACUUCGAUUGCGAUAUAAGAAAUCUCAAUUGGGAAGUAUAUUUUGAGACGUACCUUCGCGGAAUAAGAGUGUACCUCAUCAAGGAUCCCUUGGACACUUUGCCGCAGGCGCGCGUCAGAUGGCAAAGAUUAUACUGGUGCCAUCAAGCGCUAAAACUCAUACUGGCCUACAUCGUCAUGAGAAUCUCCUGGUCGGCCAUAUCUAUGUUGUUUAAGUUUUUUGAUAUAAACAUGUGACGUGGAAAUGGCACAAGUAGAUAAGAUCCAAAAUCCAGAAUAUCUGUUCUGGAGAUGUGCGGGAAUAGACGGUACGAGACAAUUCGUUUUUAACAAAACAAGCGCGACUGAAUUCUCUCUCAGAGAAGCGUAAGAUUAAAAAAGUAGGAGUGAUUGAAUUGACGGGAAACCGUUGUAAUCCUGUAUAUAAAACAGAAUGUUACGUAACGGGUAUAUCGUACAUGAACGAUGCAAAAAUGUGUGAUAAGUAGAGAGAGAGAAAGAGUGAGAGACAGAGAGAGAGAGAGAGAGAGAGAGAGAGAGAGAAAAAGAGAGAGAGAGAGAAAGAGAGAGUAGAACCCGAACGGCAGCGGUUUGAUUGUAUUAUCGUAUAUCAAUAAUUUUCACAUAUAAACUGUAAGUAUUAUAAGUUUGUUGAUUCGAGAAAAUAGAUUUAUAGAUGUUAUCUAAGGAACUGUGCCUUACAGCAUAUAUAAAAUAUAUGAUAUUGUUUUAUAUUAA